ACAUCCAGCGCUUGGCUUGGUGGUUCAUAUACCCUGCCGCCAUUCCAUGGCAGCAAAACUUUCUGAUACCCCCGAAAAGUUGGCGAUGGGAAGGAUAUUGUGUGCUUUCUACUAGGCGGAUCUUGGUACACGUGUAUUGGGUUUCAUUUCAUUUCAUUCUUCAUCUUUUUCCAUUUAUUUUCCUUUUGCAUACUCAGCUUUGCUUUGAGCGCCGCACAGCCUGCAAAGAAGUGUCGGUGAGAUAAUCGAGGAUGGAUUUGGCAGGCAGGGAGAAAGCUGGUCUGACUCCCCCAACCUUGCCGUUUGGGAGAUGGCGCCAUCUCCAAGGAGGGCUGUGUUUAAUUCUUCUCUCGGGCCUGGAUUUGACGACGCUCGAAUACAGCCGUCUCCCUUCCCAUCUACACCCUUUUUCGGAGCUGGCACUUUGUGGCCAAUGUCUUUUAUUUUACUUUUUGGGUUUGGCAAUUUUUCAGUCUACUACUAUAGCGGCUCUUUGUGUUAAGAGGAGGAUUUUAUCGAACUGUCUGAUUUAUUCAUUUUCUCAUCAAUGUUACGAAAGCGAUAGAAUGUACGAGCAAUGGGGGUUCACACCCCCUUCACUCCCUCUGCCGUACACGAGGGGCUCUUUGAUUCUCAACUGGCAUGCUAUUUACUCCCCGUGCUCCGGCUCCUUUUCCCUCCGAGACAAAAACCUCUUCUGCUUCCUCCCUCCUUGGGGGGAGAGAGAGCUGUGAUUUGCGGCCACGUGCACUGGAGCCGGACUCUGAUACCCCUCACGGCUUACCCUUGUGGGCUAGCACGCAUAAUGCGAGGAGGGAGGUGCAUGCACGCAUGGCUCGAGGAGGACGUGAUACAAUGGAUAGACACGAUGCUGCAGGGAAGGACGAUGU